AAAACGGCUCUCUCUCUCAUCUCUCAUCUCUCUCCCACAAACAUGAUGAAGAAGAGCAAGCUGAUCACAAAGGCAUGGAAGCAAAUGUCUAGCAGAGCAGCCAAGCAUAAGGCCGCUGCGGAGGAACCUCACAUACCACACGACGUACCAAAGGGACACCUAGUGGUGUACGUAGGUAAAGAAGAGGAGAGUUACAAGAGGUUCGUGAUCAAAAUCACGCUGCUUCACGAUCCUAUCAUCAGGGCUUUGCUUGAUCAAUCAAAAGACGAUGUUUACGAUGAUUUCACUUCGGGAGAUUCCAAGCUUUGUAUCGCUUGCGACGAAACUAUCUUCCUUGAGGUCCUCCAAAACGCUUCUCCCCGUAAUUCAUGGUCUUGAUGAUGAGUCUUUGAUUCAAGUUUUUUUCUUCUUUUUUUUUGCUGAUGUAAGACGGUCCUUUUGAAAUACAUGUAGAAUUAAUGAAGACUCUUGUAAUAUGAGCUAUUUUUUUGUUAGCAGCUGAUAUAUGGAUAUGGUUUUUCUUCAUA